GCCUGCCUUAGAGACUGUCACACACACACACACACACACCAGCAGAGACAAGAUGAAUCUCCCCGGUGUGCUCUCCUUACUGCUGGUCAUCUCCACUGCCCAUGCCUUCCAGUACACGGAGCUUGCGCAGUUCAUUGACAGCCAUCAGGAAGAAUAUGUGGAGAUUCUGCGGGACUGGGUUGCAAUCGAAAGCGACUCCAGCAACGUCAUGAAGAGGACAGACCUGCACCGUAUGAUGGAGAUGGUGGCUCAGAAGCUGAGGCUGAUGGGAGGGACAGUCGAACUGGUUGACAUCGGAGAACAAGUGCUUCCUGACGGACAGACGUUGCCGUUGCCUAAAGUGGUCACUGCCCAGUUUGGCACUGACCUAACAAAACACACAGUGUGUGUGUAUGGUCAUGUGGAUGUCCAGCCAGCAAAACUAGAAGACGGCUGGGCAACGGAUCCCUACAACCUGACUGACAUCGACGGUAACCUGUAUGGAAGAGGAGCAUCAGACAACAAGGCCCCAGUUUUAGCCUGGAUCCAUGCAGUGGGGGCUUAUCAGGCCCUCAAUAUGGAGCUGCCAGUAAAUGUGAAGUUUGUCAUCGAGGGUAUGGAGGAGACGGGAUCAAAUGGCCUGGACGCCAUGAUCCUGGCUCAGAGAGACACCUUCUUUUCUGACGUGGAUUACAUCAUCAUCUCAGACUGCGGCUGGCUCAGCAGGCGGCCCGCCCUCACUUACGGCACCAGGGGGAACUGCUACUUCUUUGCUGAGGUUGAAGGACCUAAACAGGACUUACAUUCUGGUGUUUAUGGAGGCACUGUGAUUGAGCCAAUGACAGACCUCAUUGGCAUCCUUGACACACUGAUAAGCCCCAGUGGAAAGAUCCUGAUUCCUGGGAUCAGGGAGGCUGUGGCUCCCCUUUCUGAUGAGGAAUGGAAAAUGUAUCAGGACAUCGAGUUUGACCUUGAGGACUACAAGAACAAGAUCGGUAUCAACCAGCUCAUGUACAGCAAUAAGGUUGACCUGUUGGCCCACAGGUGGCGCUACCCCACUGUCACCAUCCACGGCAUAGAGGGGGCCUUCUCUGACCCCGGCACAAAGACCGUCAUCCCGGCUAAGGUUACUGCUAAGUUCUCUAUCAGACAAGUCCCAGACAUGGACCCUGCCAUGGUGAAAAAACAGGUAACAGACUACCUUCACUCAGUGUUUGCCAAGAGGAAGAGUCCUAAUAGGCUGAAAGUCACCAUGGUGAUCGGGGCCAAGCCCUGGCUGGCUGACACUCAGCAUCCCCUCUAUGAGGCGGGGAAGGCUGCUGUCAAGAGAGUUUUUGACAUGGAUGCAGACCUGAUACGUGAGGGGGGGACCAUCCCCAUCGCCAGGACCUUCGAGGACGUGUUGGGGAAAAGCAUCAUCAUGUUGCCCAUCGGAGGCUUCGACGACGGGCUGCACUCCCAGAAUGAGAAAAUGAGCAGGUACAACUACAUCGAAGGAACCAAGUUAUUCAUCUCCUACUUGAAUGAAGUAUCCCAGAUUAAGAAGACCAGUGUGUGAUGUUCAUUGAGUUAUUAAAUAGCCUCCUAAUAAAUUCCAGCUAACCAUAAACCAACCUCUCUGACACAAGCCUGGGUUUAAUGCCAACGUUCCCUCUAUAUUUCUAUCAUACAUUUGUCUUUGUGUUGCCAACUCUUAUUUAUCUGCAUCUUUAAAAGCUAUCUAUCUAUCUAUCUAUCUAUCUAUCUAUCUAUCUAUCUAUCUAUCUAUCUAUCUAUCUAACUGUGACUGUAAAUGUGUGUUUAAUGUAGUAAAAGCUGUACAAUGCA